AUGGUGCCUUCUACGAUUUUCGAUAAAACUUCAAAGAUUGAGACAUGCGAUGAUGAACCUACUGCCCCCGUUCUAGUUUGGAUUGAUGGUGGUGGUUUCGCUGGUGGAUACAAGCAUGAAACUAAUCCUGCAGGUUUAAUCGAGAAUUCAAUGGUGUUAAAGGAAGAGUUCGUCUAUGUUUCCAUAAAUUACAGACUUGGUCUUUAUGUUAGUAUAAUUAUGAUCGUUCUUAAAUUACUCAUGCUGAUUUUGUUAGGGCUUCCUAGGUGGACCACUUUUAAAGCCGAUGGGGAUGCAAAUGCAGGUCUACUCGAUCAACGACUAGCUUUAGAAUGGGUCCAGGAGUUCAUUUACUUAUUUGGAGGUGAUAAGAACCGAGUCACUGUCAUGGGUGAAUCUGCCGGCGGUGGAUCUAUACUACAUCAAAUAACUGCGUAUGGUGGAAUGAGAGGUCCCCCGCCAUUUCAACAAGCUAUCCUACAAAGUCCGGGAUUUCAGCCAAAUCCAGGAAGUUAUCAACAAGAACGAAUCUCAAAUUACGUCCUGAACGACGCAAGUAGCUUUUCAAAUAGAUCGAUUACAACUAUUGAUGAUUUACGAACAGUGGAUGCUCGGAUAUUGGCUAAAGUCAAUGAUUUUAUCGUUGCAAAUUCUCAUUAUGGCCUUUAUACAUUCGGUCCAACUGUCGAUGGAACCUUUGUACCAGCACUCCCUGGUCAAGUUCUAGCGGAUAACAAUUUCCACACUUCUCUGGCAUUGAUGAUAGGAGGAAAUGAUCAAGGUGUUUUGUUCACUUCACCGUAUAUUUUGAACCAAGCAGAUUAUGUUUCCAAUCUUGAAUGGUUGUUUCCAAGGGUUCCCGAGUCGUUUAUUUAUGAGAUAUUCGCCCUUUAUCCCGACCAAUUCGAUGGGAAAUACGGUUAUACGAGUGAAAUUUCACGGGCAGCUGUUACUAGUGCCGAGUCCUGUUUUGCAUGCAACACGAGAUACCUGAAUGCUAAAGUUGGAAACAAGUCAUACGUUUAUUCAUUUGAUGUACCUCCAGCAUUACACGCAGAUGAUGUUGCUUACACAUUUUAUAAUGGCCCGGGCAGUGUCACAUGGGAUGGAAAGCCUGCAUUCGGAGGUGCGGCACUCUCUUCAAGAUUACAUUGUUAA